UUAGCAUUUAAGGAGUUUCUCUUCUUUUAGAUGGUUCAAGUAUUCUUUAAAUAAAAAAAAAACUGUUGAAUGAACUGCUAAUACCAUUUUUUGUUUGUGCACACACCAUCAACUCUUAACCUUUGAACUGGUUUCAGAGACCAGAUUUACAAAGCUUCUCUUUGAUUCCUGUUCUCUAGUAAUGACUGAUGAGCAGAAGGCCAGGCUUUCCACCAAGAGGCCUCUCACCAAGGAGGAGUAUGAGGCCCGGCAGAGUGUCAUCCGCAGAGUGGUGGACCCGGAAACAGGAAGGACCAGAUUGGUGAGAGGAGAAGGAGAGAUCAUUGAGGAGAUAGUCAGCAAGGAGAAACACAAGGAGAUCAACAAGCAAUCUACAAAGGGAGAUGGGAAUGCCUUUCAGAGAAAACUAGGAAUCAUGUGAUAGAAAGGAAUAGUACACUUUACUAAAAUUAAGUCAAUUUUAAAAACGGUUCAACAAGACAUCUGAAAGUUUCGGAAUAUUUACCAAACAUUUUUAUAAUUGUCUGUGAUUCAUCUCUGGUGGUAAAAAGGUAAACUCAGCUCCCAAUAACCACCAUCUUUUAUUUCUGCUAGAAAAUCUGAUGUGAUUUUGAUGUUUUAUGACAAUUCAGCUGCUUGAGCAACAGAUUAAGCUGAUGUCUCAAAUAAAAGUAACUUCUUUUACAAUG